CACUGCUGACGUCGUGUCAGUGACUGCUGUUAUCAAGAUGGCGCUGCGGCCAGGAUCUGGGGGAGGCAGCAGUUUUAUGUACCCUGUUGGAGGGGGCUUGGGACCACCACAAGGUAUGGUACCCAUGCAGCAGCAGCAGCAGCAGCAGCAACAGCAACAACAGGGCUUCCCUAUGGUUCAGGUCAUGCAGCCUAACAUGCAAGGCAUGAUGGGAAUGAACUUUGGGGGACAGAUGCCUCCAGGUGCCAUGCCCAUGCAGGCUGGGAUGGCGAUUGGUAUGCAAACUCCUGGGAUGCAGUUCUUGGGCCAGCCACAGUUUAUGGGUAUGAGACCUGCGGGACCACAGUACACAGCAGAUAUGCAGAAACAAAUGGCUGAAGAGCAUCAAAAACGGCUCGAGCAGCAGCAGAAAAUGCUGGAGGAGGACAGAAAAAGAAGACAAUUUGAGGAACAGAAGCAGAAGCUCAGACUGCUCAGCAGUGUUAAACCCAAGACAGGAGAGAAGAGCCGCGAUGAUGCCUUGGAGGCCAUAAAAGGCAACCUGGAUGGUUUCAGCAGAGAUGCAAAGAUGCAUCCCACUCCAUCAUCUCAGACCAAGAAGCCAGACUCAUCGCCAUCACACCCGUCUGUCACCACUCACCCCCUCCCCACAAGUAUGUCGGAGGACAAUGAUGAGUUUAGUGACUUUCAGGGGCCCGUAGAGGCCCCCACAUCCUUCCCUCCCUUUUCCUCGUCCUCCACUUCUUCCACCUUUGGCCAAUCCUCUCAGGCCCAUGUCCAGCCUUUGCCCCCUAACCCUAAGCCAGGUUUCUCUGAGGAUGAUGAUGAAUUUAGUGAUUUUGUUCAGGGACCUGUGAAUGCCCUCACUUCCUCCGAUUUUCACCUCUCCCCUCAAGCCCAAGUCCGACCCUCGUCCCCUUCCCUUAAAGCAGGUCUGUCCUCCUCUUCCUUCACUCCAUCACUCCCUCCUACCACUGUGUCCAUUCCUUCUGCCACCCAACACUCUGCUGUCAACACCAGCUCCCAAUCUACAUUUCAAGGCCCGUCCCUGGAAGAGAAGCUAUUCUCCUCAUGUGAUCUUACAGCUGAUAAGAUGGCCCAGGUUAGCUUUAAAUCCAAGCAGAGUAUGGCUGAAAUGGGUCCUAGAGCUAAGGUUUCAGCCCAGUUUCAAACCAGCACUAAAGCAAGGAACUGGGCUGUGGCCCCUGAGGACUUGAGUUCCAUCUUCACAGCAGAAAGCGUACCUGAGGCCUCUCUGUCAGCAUCUGGCGCUCACCCAUCAGCUGCUGAUUCAUCCCCACAAACCAGUACUGACAGUGCAGGUGUUGGCGUGUACCCACAGCAAGAGCACAUCCAGCCAAUGCUGCCAGCCUGGGUUUACAAUGACAGCCUCAUCCCAGAAAUGUUCAAGAAGGUUCUUGAAUUCACCAUGACUCCAGCAGGGAUAGACACAGCCAAGCUCUACCCAAUAUUAAUGUCAUCAGGUCUUCCCAGGGAAGCACUGGGGCAAAUCUGGGCAUCGGCCAACCGCACAACACCUGGCAUGCUGACCAAGGAGGAGCUCUACACUGUACUUGCGCUAAUUGGUGUGGCACAGAGUGGCCUUCCUGCAAUGAAUGUGGAAAUCCUCAGUCAGUUUCCAUCUCCACCCGUACCCAAUCUGCCGGCCCUGGCAAUGGCAAUGGCCCCAGUACUCCCUCAGCACCAGCAGCCUAUGAUGUCCCAGCCCCAAGUCUCCAUGGCCAUGCCCACGCCAGCACCACCAGUCAUGGCCAUGACCCCCGCUGCACCGGCUCCAGCACCCACAAACACUAAUUUCAUCGCCAGUUUCCCUCCUGCUCAGGCAACCAAAACUGAUGACGAUGACUUCCAAGACUUCCAAGAAGCUCCUAAGGCAGGAGCAGGAGACCAGUCCUUCACUGAGUUCCAGGGGGACGGGGGAAGUUUCCCUGCUACCAUUGCACCUCAGCACCAAAAUAGUGCGCCUGCCAUGCUGACUCCAGUGUCUGGUUCCUCCUCCACGUCCACCACAUCCUCUGAUAAGUACGCUGUCUUCAAGCAGCUGUCUGCAGAUCAGCCUGCAGAACCGACACCCCCUGCCUCAGAUAUUGGAGACAAAUACAGUGUGUUCAGACAGCUUGAGCAACCUGCUGACAAGAAACCAGUCGGCGAAGGAUUUGCAGAUUUCAAGUCUGUCAGCACUGAUGAUGGCUUCACAGAUUUUAAAACCGCGGACAGCAUCUCUCCACUAGACCCUUCAGACCAGGCCAAGAUCUUUCAACCUACCUUCCCUUCUGCUUUCCCUAACUCUCAGUCUCUACAACAACUACCACAACAGCAGCAACAGCCAGUAGUGUCUCUUUCACAGCCCAAAAACCCUCUCAACAUGGCAGACCUGGACCUUUUCUCUUCUAUAGCUCCUUCUGUUCCUGCUCCUACAGAGCCAAAACCCAGUACAUUCCCACCUGUUUCUGUACCUCCCUCUCUGGUACUUGUACCAGGUGGAGCUAAGCCUCCAGGAGGAGGGACAGAUGACUUUGGUGACUUUGCCCUGUUUGGCUCUUCCUCUGAUGCUGCUCAAGGUUCAGCAGCAGGAGGAGGUGCAGCAGCGCCUCAGGAUGAUUUUGCAGACUUCAUGGCUUUCAGCAGUUCUGGUGGGGAGACUAAAAAUGAGAGCAGCUCGGGGAUCCAAGGAGAGACCUCUCAGCAGCGACCUCAACAAAGCUCAGACAAGUAUGACGUAUUUAAACAGCUGUCUCUGGAGGGUGGCUUGGCUUAUGACGAUUCAAAAGAGAGUGGUGGUGGCUCCUUCUCUUCCCUCAAGAGUGACACAGAUGAUUUUGCUGACUUUCAAUCUUCAAAGUUCUGCACAGCGCUUGGCGCCUCCGAAAAGACCCUGGUAGACAAAGUGGCUGCUUUCAAACAGACUAAGGAGGACUCUGCCUCUGUCAAGUCCCUCGACCUCCCAUCCAUCGGGGGGAGCAGUGUGGGAAAAGACGACUCUGAGGACGCACUCUCAGUACAGCUGGACAUGAAGCUCUCAGACAUGGGCGGAGACUUGAAGCACGUGAUGUCGGACAGCUCUCUGGAUUUACCGGGUCUCUCAGCCCACCAGCCACCCGCUACAGAAGGAGACGACAUGAAAUUUGACCCCUUUGGGACAGCGGCGCUCAGCAGCCUGGCCAACUAUGAUUGGUCAGACCGAGAGGAAUGUCUUCCUGGUGAUGUGAGAAAGCCACAAGGCCUGGAAGGGGCUGUUCUUCCAUCUUCAGGUCCAACUCACAGAAAGGAGCUGACCUUUGGUAGCACCGAAAACAUCACAGGAACUUCAGUAGGAAAGAUUACCACCUCCCUUCCUGCCGAGGACAGCUCCUCCGCAGAUGACAAGUUUGAAGCCUUUGCUGAUUUUGGCUCCGGCGAGCAUGGCGGUGUAGAUGAUGAGGACGACUUUGGGGACUUUGCCAGUACUGUGUCUGAAAAGUCUGACUCGCCAGCUGCUGCGACAGAGAUGGGCUCAGAAGGAACCCAAAGCGAAACUCUUGACGAGUUUGGUGCUUUUCAAGGGGACAAACCCAAGUUUGGAAAGUCUGACUUCCUCAAGGCGAGCACUCAGGCCAAAGUGAAGUCCAGCGAGGAGAUGAUCAAGAACGAACUAGCAACUUUUGACUUGUCUGUUCAAGGCUCACACAAACGCAGUCACAGUUUGGGUGAGAAAGAGAUUGGGCGUUCACCUCCGUCUCCAGCUCCAGAGCAGCCGUUCAGGGAUCGAUCCAACACCCUGAGUGAAAAACCUGCCCUGCCUGUCAUCAGGGACAAGUACAAGGACCUGACUGGGGAGGUGGAGGAAAGUGAGCGCUAUGCAUACGAGUGGCAGAGAUGUCUGGAAAGUGCUCUGGAGGUCAUCACCAAAGCUAACAACACCCUGAACAGCAUCAGCAGCUCGUCUGUCUGCACUGAGGUCAUCCAGUCUGCUCAAGGCAUGGAGUACUUGCUGGGUGUGGUGGAAGUGUAUCGUGUCACUAGACGUGUGGAGCUGGGCAUCAAGGCAACAGCCGUGUGCUCUGAAAAGCUGCAACAGCUGCUGAAGGACAUCAGCCGUGUGUGGAACAACCUCAUGGGCUUCAUGUCAUUGGCCAAACUCGCGCCUGAUGAAAGCUCCCUGGAUUUCUCCUCCUGUAUUCUGCGGCAUGGCAUAAAAAAUGCCAAGGAGUUGGCUUGUGGGGUGUGUCUCCUCAACGUUGACGCUCGCAGCAAGAACAAAGAGGAAAGCACUAUUGGACGUCUGUUUAAACGAGCAGUGACUAAAGACAAUAACAAGAGGUUAUGGGCGUUCAACUCGGAGACAGACAACUUCAAGCUGUUGUACGGAGGCCACCAGUACCAUGCCAGCUGUGCCAAUUUCUGGAUUAACUGUGUGGAGCCCAAACCCCCGGGCCUCAUACUGCCUGACCUGCUCUGAGCUUUGCCUGCAGCUGCCAUGGCAACGGGGCACAGGCUAAUCAACAUCAGAUAGGUGGAGUGGCGAGGCGCUUCGAACUGCACCGGCUCUAUUCAUAACUACUCAUAAUGCUUUUAAGAGAUGAUUCCCAUUCAUUUCUACUGCACAGAAAGUCAAUAUUUAACAAGAGGGGCAUUUCAAGAGCGCAUGCCUCUGCCACGGCCCCACAGACUUGUAAUCCGAUCAAACGCCCCAUCUUGAAAUGUGAGCAAUAGCAAUUAAAAAUUCCAGGAUCUGAUCUUUUUUUGCUAAUUUCCUAAUUAAAAAUUUUACAGCAUUGUUCUCAACCCAUGCCCCUUCUCUAAGUUUCAUGAAAAGCUGUGCGGUAGAAUUUGGUGAUACUACUAGUGACAAUAAACAAACAGAUGCGGGUGAAAACAAAACCUCCUUGGUUGCGUUAAUCACCCCUAGUCAUUUACAUACUGAAAUUAUCAGGUGUGAACUUUCAUUAAAAACAGCAGGAAGUCUGUCAACAUCCUUGAGAUUUAAUGUCACUUGUUGCUUUGCUUCUCUUUGCGAUGACUUCUCUUUGACUCCCUUCGCUCCUACUGAACCAGAGCUGUUGAAUCGUAAGCCUAUUACUGUACUUGAAUUGCAUUUGUUUGUCAAAUCUGCUUAAAGAAACUGUGGCUGUUGUGGUUUUAAUAUCUUUUUGCAAACGUAAAACAUUCAAAUCCUCACUGUUGGGCAGGAAGAUAGAUGUCUCUUUUUAUGAAUUGUGUUGAAUUAACAGCGUCGAAUGUUUUUUGCACUGGAGAUUUUAUCACCUCUUAUGAUAUUUAAAUUGUGUAUUUUAUAGGAAUUUGGGUCUAAAAAAAAGUGAUUUUGGGACUUGAAGGGAACUGUGCAAAGGUUUGUUUGUUUGUUUUUCUGUGUUGUCCACUUUGAUUCUGAACUAAAACUGCAGCAGCACUUUUGUAUAUUACUGUGUCAUGCUGUAGGAUUGUAAUUAUGACUAAAUGUAACGUGACUGUGAAUAAAUGAGUAUGCAGUUUAUUUUAA